AUGGUGAGCAGAGGUCCACUGGCCAUUUGGCACGGGCUACUGCUGCUGUUGUUACUACCACUUCCCAGCCACGGAGGACCGGCCCUGAGACCUACUCUCCUCAGCCAGACAACUGAAGACUCUCCUGCUCUGCACCUCAUCAAUGGCCCUGGACAAGAACCUGUUACCAUUAUGACCUUUAACCUCACCAAGAUCACAAAAAUCUCCUCCUCUUUUGAGUUUCGGACUUGGGAUCCAGAGGGAGUCAUUUUUUAUGGUGAUACCAACCCAAAGAAUGACUGGUUUAUGCUGGGGCUUCGGGAUGGCAGGCCUGAGAUCCAGCUUCAUAAUCACUGGGCUCAGCUUACAGUGAGUGCUGGACCCCGGCUGGACAAUGGGAGGUGGCACCAGAUGGAAGUGAAGAUCCAUGGGGAUUCCUUGCUACUCAGGGUGGAUGGGGUGGAGGUGCUGCGUCUGAGACAGGUCUUUGGACAACUGGCCAACAAUUCCCAGCUCAUCAUGAGGAUUGCACUGGGAGGACUGUUGUUCCCUGCCUCUGACCUCCGGUUGCCGCUGGUCCCUGCCCUGGAUGCCUGCCUGCGCCAGGAUGACUGGCUGGACCAACAGGCCCAGACCUCGGCAUCUGUCCCCACUAGUGUCAGAAGCUGUGCUGUAGAGUCUCAACCUGGAAUAUUCUUCCCUCCAGGGACUGGUGCAGAAUUUUGUCUCCAAGAAAUUCCCCGGCCUCAUGCAGAGCCCUGGGCCUUCUCCUUGGACCUGGCACUCCAGCUGGCAGCAGGUUCAGGCCGCCUCCUUGCUCUUGGGACGCCAGAAAACCCUUCUUGGCUCAGCAUCCACCUCCAAGAUCAAAAAGUGGUGUUGUCUUCUGGGUCGGGGCCAGGGCUGGAUCUGCCCCUCGUCUUGGGGCACCCUCUUCAGCUGAAGCUGACUGUGUCCGGGGUUGUUGUGAGCCAGGGGGCAAAGAAGGAGAUCCUUGCUCUGCCUCCCACGGGCCCUGGCUCCCUCGUUGAUCUCUGGGUCCAGCCGCAGGGGCGUCUCUUCCUAGGGGCUUUGCCAGGAGAGGCCGCUUCUGCCUCCUUUUGCUUGGAUGGCCUUUGGGCACAAGGCCAGAGUCUGGACAUGGACCGGGCGCAGAGCAGAAGCCUGAACAUCUGGACUCACAGCUGUCCUCAGAACCCAGGCAAUGGCAGUGACACCACCCAUUAA